CAGCUCAUAGCCUGGCAUAUUUGUAUAAAUUCGGAGACUGUGUAACGUAAAUUUAGUUUAGUAGGAAACCCCAAGACUUCUGAAUAAUCAUGUUGAUCCAAUUGCAAGAACUCCCAAAAUGAAUCUCCUCCUUCUACGGUUCACACUGCUUUCUCUCGUAACUGCGCAGACUCCAAUUCAAUUGAUAGCAAAAAUACCUGGUGAACAACAGGAACACCCACUGAGAGCCUCGUAUGAUGAAUUUGGUCUAAAGAGCUAUGUGUACUUCUCAGAUACCCCAGAGACGUUCUGGUAUUACAGACGAACCCGUGAGCUAGCUGGAUAUGAUACAGGUUUACCAACAAAACUUGAUAUCUCCAGUAUUACAACUGAUAGUCGGAUUCCACAUUUAGAAAUGGUCUUGAGAGUACAUUCAUCUCUUGAAUGUAUCAUAAACGAGGGUAAGCUCUCUUGCAAGUGCCGGUUUACUGAUGAACACCUCAACUUCUACGCCAUUAAAAAUAACAAUAGUCAAAGUCUUCCGAGUUAUACGGUUGGAGUGUCUAAUUCACAGGAGUACAAGGCAUAUAAGGGAUUUCAACCCAUCGAUAUCAUGGUACAGUUCACUACAUAAGCAUUGUAGAAUUAAUCCAUGUAUUAUGUGCUCUCAUUUGCUCUUCUCAUUAAAGCCUUGGCUCCCUUAGAAACCGUAGGACAGUAAUGCUUUUCCAGUAGUAGGGUUUCCCAAAUGGUGGCAGCUUCUGCAUUACUUCUUGCAGGGACGUUGGCCUCCAUGAUGUAUUUACCGUUAUUGAUUCUAUCGUCUGUAGAAUAUGCACCACAUAGUUCUGAGUACCGACUCAUGAGCUUCUCCAAGAACUUCAUUAUUGCGAUGGAUGACUUCUCUGGGGUUUGUAAUAGAGCCAUUGAUAGUCUUUUGUUAAAGGCUAAUGCACGGGUCUUUGAGCCAUUUUUAGAUCUGAAGAAGAUGUUUUCCAGACCUCUCAAUAAAAGCUCAAUUCUAGUGGAGAUGUUAACGUUUGGUCUUCUG